CAACAUAASAAAACUUGCAGUGACAGCACUUUGUUGAAGCUCUCCACUAUCAAAAUUUGGAUUCUSUACUUWGUCCUGACAASAACAUUUGAGUUCUUGUAGGAGAAUAUGCAGCGAGAAGAAAGAGAAAUCAUUGUUGAUUUGCUUCAAUAUUUGACAGAUGACAUUAUAGCUGGAGAUAUGCUACCACAUUUAAACUGUCUUACACAGGAUGACAAAGAGUAUGUUCUGUGUGAAGAAAAGAAUUAUGGUUACAGAAAAGCUGCUGUUGUUUUGAUAGACAGRAUUCAACGAAGACAAUAUGGCUUCCAACAGUUGAUCAGUGCUUUGAUACAGACUGGAUGCAAACACUUGGUGAAAUUGAUUCUAAUGAGACAAAAUGGGUUGCUACAAUCACUUGAGGGAUAUUAGAUUGCACACAACAUCAUGAAUUGAAGACGUUUCUCUGCUUCACAGGCUUCCAAGCAAAACAGAAAAAACAUGGGGAUUUUGAAAGCAACAUUUAAAAACUUGUCUAAUUAUGAAAACUAAUUUUGAUUGUCAACUUCAUAACAUGAAGAUUAAACAGUACAAAAUAUCAAAUCUUCCAAUAUUAUUUGUAGAGGAAUGACUUACCAUGAUGAUUCAUUAAUGUCACUUACUGACAAAUACAUAGUCUUUACAGGGAGAGUAAUGUCACUUCCAACCUUUAUAACUUUAAGUGCACACAUUUCACAGUUUAUAGUAAGCACAUUCAUUAUUUGUUAUUGUUCCAAAGUUCACUUGCAUUUUGCUCAAAAUUAAACCAUAAUUUUCCUGCG